AUGGCCUCUACCUUUGCCCAAGACGCCGAAGCGAAUCAAAAGAUUAUGGAUAGCGCUGCCGACCGAAUCAUUCGCUGGAUAGAAACAAAAGAUCAUACAUUCAAGACAGACCAUGUUAAAUUUGAAGUUAGCGGAAGCACAAUCGGGACGGAACAGAUGCAGGAUGUCUCGGUUGAAAAGGAUUCUAGCGCCUUAUCCGAACAAACGGUUCAAACGGCCUCAAUUAGUUCACAAACUGACUUAGUUGAAGAGCCUGUGGAUCCAAAUUCUGAUCCCGAGCGAAUUGAGUUUCUUGUCGGCCAGGAUGACGACCCUCUCAUACCUAGCCUAGAUCAGAUCAAUCACGCAUUUUUGAAGGGUCAAAAUAUCUGGAGCUCCUAUGUUACCCGCGCUAUGUCGCUACCGUCUGGCUUAUUAUCUGCUGGGAUCUUGGAUCCGUAUAUUAUGUUGCAACAUACACCUCCCCUUCCUCGAGAUCUACCAAGAAAGCGGAACAUCACAGGACAAGCGUUAUGGGAUAUCCCAAACCCUGAAUUCUCUAAGUCUGAUAAAGGGGACUGGAAUCCUGAUUUCGUUCACGGUAUCAAAAAGUCAUUUCCUCUCUCAAUACCCAAGCCCAUUGAGUGUCGUAUAUCAACUCGAUCUGAUUUCCGACUUGAUGGCGAAAGAUCAAAUGGCAUUGCGAUACUUAUGGCACUUUGGUCCUACAUUUUCUGUGUACGGUUUCUCGAAAUGCAGAGGAGACCCAUACGGUAUUCUGCCACGAGAUUAUCACCUGUCCUCAAGCAAGACAUAAAGCCUCGACCUGGAGACAUCGUCCUCUGA